AUGGGAAGGGCGGUGCUCGAGCUUGGGCCGCAUUGGGUGCUCGUCAAGGGCGGGCACGCUCCUCUGACGAAGGACUACAAGGUUGCCGGGACAGAGGACGAGAAGAGCAUUGUCGUUGAUGUGCUCGUUGGACGUGGUGGUGUUGUAGAGAGGAUCGAGAGCGCCUAUCAGCGGUCGACGAAUACGCAUGGCACAGGGUGCUCUCUGGCUUCGGCCAUCGCGAGCAACCUCGCCAAGGGGCUCGAUGUGCCCGAGGCAGCCAAGAAGGCGUGCCGCUACAUUGAAGGCGCCAUCCGAACGGCGCCUGGGUUCGGCCAAGGUCAUGGACCGUUGAACCACUUUCACUCCAACUACUCUCUGCCUUUUGCGCCGGGCCGCUUCAUCGACUAUCUCCUUGGCCGUCCCGACGUUCGCGACGUGUGGAAGACGUUCGUCUACCACCCGUUCGUCAUGGGUCUCGGCAACGGCACGCUCCCGCUCGCGUCGUUCAAGGGCUACCUCGUGCAGGACUACCUCUACCUCGUGCAUUUUGCGCGGGCCAACGCGCUGGCGUCGUACAAGGCGACGUCGAUGGAGGACAUUGUGGCCGGCGCGACCAUUGUCAAGCACAUUGCGACGGAGAUGGCGCUGCACAUUGACUACUGCGCGGGGUUCGGCAUCAGCGUGCCGCAGAUCGAGGCGACCGAGGAGCACCAGGCGUGCACGGCGUACACGCGGUACGUGCUCGACGUCGGCAUGAGCGGCGACUGGAUCGGGUUGCAGGUGGCGCUGGCGCCGUGCCUGCUCGGGUACGGGGCCGUGGCGAAGCAGCUGCACGGCGACGCGGCGAGUGUGCGCGGCGAGGGCAACGUGUACUGGAAGUGGAUUGAGAACUACAUCGCCGAGGACUACCAGCAGGCGCUGCGGACGGGAUCCGAGCUGCUCGAGAGGCAUGCUGCUCGGCAGAGUCCCGAGGGCAUCGAGAGGCUGGCCAAGAUUUUCAUCCACGGGACCAAGGUUCGUGUUGAUUCUGUGACGGGAGCUCUUCUCGUGCCAUACGACGAUGACGAUGAUGCUGACGAUUUGCAGAUGGAGAUUGGCUUCUGGGAGAUGUUCCCGUGCCAGUAG